UCUCAAGAUGUCUGAAGAUAUUUAUGCCAAUCAAGAUAAGGUGAGAUACAACAGAAAUGUGCAGAAGGACAAAAAAGACUGCGAGGAAAGGGAGGUGACAAUAUACGAGAUCUUCAGGAAUGAUCACAUUGAUAGUCAGUCACACGGAGGAGUCACUCUAUGGCAGACCAAAUACGACCAUCUGAGCAACAACAGCAGUCAGUUACAGGAUGAAGUAAAGCAGCUGCGGAACAGAACUGAAGAGAAGUGGUGUCCUGAUCGAUGGACGAGAUUUGGACGCAGUUGUUACAUUAAAUAUAAAGAGAACAACACUUGGGAUGGAAGCAGAGCUGACUGUCAGCAGAGAGGAGCAUAUCUGGUCAUCAUAAACAACGAAGAGCAACAGAAGUUUGUCUCUGAGCUGAGUAAGGAUGGAGAGUACUGGAUUGGUCUACGGUAUGAUUUCAUACAAGGAGAUUGGAAAUGGGAAUGGGUGGAUGGAUCACCGCUGACAGAAACGUUCUGGGGAGCAGGACAGCCUCAGCAUGGUUACUCGAACACUGUAACAUGCUGCGAUCAACAAGGAAAAUGGACAAAAAUAUAUAAUGAAACUAAGAACUGGAUCUGUGAGAAAAAGAUGAUCUGAACUCUGUGAUGACAGAGAGGUGUGUAGUGUUGGGAUCAGCUUUGUCAAAUCAGACCAAUUCUUUAACAUUUCCUCAGCUGUUUAUUCUGUGUUGCUAAAUAACCUGGAUUACAGAGAUAUUGUUCCUCUGCCCUUCAUAGUGCACAAUCUGGUUAGAAGUCAUGUGUACUUACUCUGUAGUCCUACAGGAUUAUUAUAAUAAAAGAUAAUAAAAACAUGGAUUAGCAGGUUGCCUUUAUUUUGGUUUAUGUAGUUGAUUAUAACAUUUGUAAUCAGUUAGUUAGAAGUUUUUCCUAAGAACAUUUUACACUCCACACAAAAUAACCCCCCCCCUACCUCCAUCACCCCUCCCAAACCCAUCCCCACAACCAAUUUAUUCAUUAUUAUUAUUUAACGCUGCACUAUAACCUUAACCUAACUAUUGUAUUUGUAACAAUAGUUUUUUUUUAUUUGAGCCUGUUUUCCUUUCAUGACAGUUUUUAAUUGCUCUUUAAUGUUUGAUGUAAAGCGUUUUGAAUUUCUUUGCUGCUGAAAUGUGCUAUAGAAAUAAACUGAAUGACUAAAACCAGAUUUCAGACACUCACUAUAUAAUGU